UUUUUUACAGCAAACGAGUGACGCUCAAGUAGGAAUUCACAGACGUAUUUAUCAAUCGUGUCACCUUGAAACUCAGAUCAGUCCGGGACUUUUUGGGGGCUAAUCUGGUAUACUGGCAGGAAGAUUUUCAAAUAGCGAAAUCUUACAGCGAUGUUUCAUCCCUAAAAUCGCCAACAUUUGAGCAGCCUCGUUGUUUCAGCCGAUGUAGGAUGUAGAAACCUGCUGGUGUCAUCGUGUCGCCAGAAAAUCUGUCUGCUUUCUUCUCGUUUCCUUCGGAUCCACUCUUGGGAUUUCUCUUUGGCGGACCUUUUUACAGAAAAGUUUUUAUCGAAAUCAUUUGACUGUGACGGCGUCCAAAUUUGAUCAGCUUGGAUACGUGUGUCGUUGUCGUUACGUUUUAUCCUUGUUAGAUUUGUGAUUUAUUGCGAAUUUGAUUUUUCCCCUCAAAAAUUCAAAAUGAAUAUGAACGCGGGAGGACAGACAAUAGCGGAUCGUAUAAAUGCUGCUCGCUUUGGACUGGCGGGGCAUAUGUUGGCCAAAGCCGUCUGUAAAGCCACAACAGAAGAGCCCAUCGGACCCAAAAAGAAACAUCUUGAUUAUUUGUUGCACUGUACGGAAGAGCCGAAUGUAUCCAUUCCGCAAUUGGCCAACCUAUUGUUGGAUCGCCUUCAGCAUAAUAAUUGGAUUGUCGUCUAUAAAGCGCUGGUCUCAAUACAUCACUUGAUGCUUUAUGGAAAUGAGAGAUUCAUUCAGUAUUUGGCAUCGGCUAACACAUCCUUCUCGCUGAAUUCCUUUCUGGAUAACAAGAGCGGCGUUCAAGGAUAUGAUAUGUCCACAUACAUUCGACGCUACUCGAAAUACCUCAAUCAGAAGGCACUUUCCUACCGUACGGUGGCCUUUGAUUUCUGCAAAGUUAAACGCGGAAAAGAUGACGGUGUGCUGCGGAAAAUGUCAGCGGAAAAGCUGCUGAAAACGUUACCCAUCAUCCAGGAUCAGAUGGAUGCUCUCCUGGAAUUCGAUUGUUCUCCAAAUGAACUGACCAAUGCCGUGAUCAGCAGUUGCUUUGUGCUUCUUUUCCGCGAUUUGAUCCGAUUAUUUGCAUGCUACAACGAUGGUAUUAUCAACAUGUUAGAGAAGUACUUCGACAUGAACAAGAAGCAGUGCAGGGAUGCUCUGGAUAUUUAUAAGAAAUUUCUGGUUCGUAUGGACAAAGUGGCCGGCUUUUUAAAAGUCGCAGAAAAUGUUGGCAUUCCAAAAGGCGAAAUACCGGAUUUGACUAAGGCUCCAGCUAGUUUACUGGAUGCACUGGAGCAGCAUUUGGAGAAUUUGGAAGGCGGCAAGAAGCCCGUGACUCCUCCGGGUGGAGGCGUGCCAGGAUCGGGCAGUAUUCAUACCGGUUUGAUGUCAUUAUCGGCUACGGAACAUUCCUUGAAUGAAGUUGAUCAGAAUGAACGUCAGCGAGCCAUUUUGGAAGAGCAGCAAGCUAUGGAAGAAAUCAGGAAAAAGCGCGAACAGCAAGCCCAGCAAUUGGGCAAUGCCAGUGCAGGUGUCAGCGGAACGCCUGUCAGUUUACCAAAAGCACCUUCCGGUCCCGGAUCCCCAUCGAAUGGCGUCGUACCGCCGGCCGCAGCCCCAUCCCAACCGGCUGCUGCAUCCAAAAGUGAUCUUUUUGACCUGCUGGAUUUAGACAUGAGCGCUGGUGGCGCUCCGAAUGCCGCUUCGACGACUACGCAGCCAAAUUACGGUGCGCUCUCGGACUUUGUCAUGUCCGCCUCGUACGGCGUGCAGCCCAAUAUGGCGGCCCAGAAUAAUAUGGCAUUCGGUGGACCGGCGCGUCCACCACAGGGAUUCUUUCCCGCUCAGGGGAUGGCACCAGCCGGAGGGAGUAAUCCCUUCGCCAGUCCCACCCAGGCCUACCCGCCACCGGGUAUGGGACAAAUGCAGUCGCCGAUGGGAGCCAAUCCCUUCGCGAUGUCGGCCAAUGGCUACCAAAGUGCGCCAGGAAUGGCGGGAGGAGGCAUGGGCUACGGGACGCCCGGAAAGAUGCCGGUAUCGUCACCCAUGGGGCAGCCCCAGGCGCCGGGUGGAGGCGGUUUUGAUGCGGAUUUCUCGGUGUUUGGCGGAGGACAAGCGGCAGCAGCUGCCAAUAAUCCCUUCGCGUCGACACCUACCAAGCCGACCGCGGCUGCUGGUCCUGGCCAGUCCAAGCUGAUUCAAUCCAAUGUAGAUACGAGCUUAGCAAAUUUGGCAGCCAAUCUUAAUCUGGGCUCCUUGGGAGCCUAUGGAGUGAGACCGUCGUCGGUAACCGGCACACCACAGCAAGCGCAACAGGGACAGGCUCCAUUUGGGGGUGCGCAGCGGAUGCCUAUGGCACAGUCCACUAUGAGCCCGGUGAAUUCAGGAGUAUUCGGUGGACAGAUGCCUGCGCAGCAGCAGCAACAGCAAUACGGCGGCAAUGUGAACAGCGGCGCUACUCCGUGGAACAAUCCCUUCAUGUCACCCACUCAACCCAGUCCCACACGGCAACCUGCGGCAGCUGCGUCGGAUGAUCCCUUUGCUUCCCUCAUCUAAGAGGCACAGAGAGAACUAAUACAGAGAAAUACACCUUCAGUUUCCUUGCUUGUCGUCUCGCUCCCGCUCCUCCAAAACCCCAGCGUCGAUUCUUGUGUUUUGACUGUUGUUUAAUUUAAUUCGCUUACUAAUUCAGUGAGAAUGACAAAGUCUGUUUAUUUAUUUUAACGUGCACUUGGUUGUGUUUUUUUGAUUUCCUGUUCGUUGUGGAGACUGCGGAUUAAUGACAUUAUAACGCCCGUCAAUGCUGUUGUGCAUGUCUACAGGCGAAAUUUGAUUGUGGAAGACAUUUCCGGUAGCGUGGUGCACUUGUAAAUUCCAUUUUUCUGUCUUUGUGUGGAAAUAACAUGAAUAAAUUGUUCGUCAUCAUUG